AUGCCAUUAUCAAUCUUAUUGGAAAGACAUAUUAUUAAAUCUUCCGAGAAACUUGGUAAAAGUAACGUUAAAGUUUUUUGUAAAGCAUGUGUUGAAGUAUUGGAGAAAACGACACCCGAAGAAAGAGAUAAAAUAUUUGCCCUGUCUAAUAAAAAAGGGAUUUCAAAUGAAAAAAGACCGGCUUUCCCUAGUUUUUCUUAUAACACUGCAUCCAAUUCCUCCAAAGCUUCUUCAAUACGAAAAGUCAUAUCUCCAAAAGCUUUUGACAUGUCUAAAUUAAGAGCUGAGAUUACAUGGAAUCAUCGGAAAGAAUCAAAUUCUAUUGAAUUACUUGCACCAAAUUUUCAAGAAAGCAUACAGAACCAACAAGAGGUUACCAAUGAAAAAAAUAAUGAGCCUUCUAAUGAAACUAAUCCUGAAACUGAAUCAAGACUUGAAUCUAAACCUGAGAACGAAGAUAAUAUAGCAAACGAAAACUUUAAUGAUGAAGAGAUAGCAGACUCAAAUUCUUUGGAGGAAGAAUUUAGUCAAUUUUUGGAUGUAUGGGUAGAAAUAUCAGCAAAUGAAACCAAAGAAUUAGCAGAUAUAGACGAAGAAGAAGAAAAAUUUUCUUUACCAGUUGAUGAUAUUAUUCACCCAGUGGUCGAUUCUA